AUGUUAGACCUCUGGGUUAACAUUGAUAUCGAGCGAGGGCCACGUGACGAGUGCCAUCGUCAAUGGAGCAGCUUCACAGGUUCUGGACCCCGCAAGCGUCUGUGCAACUCGUCGCUUCUUCGUCGCCUAUCCCAUCAUCGCCAUCACCACCAACAGCAACUCCCGACGCUUCUCUACAGCGUAUCGUUGCCCGACAUGGUCUUGUCCGAUCUCGGCAGGCGCAUCAACACCGCCUUCCAAGACCUUUCCAAAGUCCCCACCGUCGACGCCGCCUCGAUCGACCAGCUUCUCAAAUCCGUCUGCAAUGCACUCAUCGAAGCCGAUGUCAACGUCAAGCUCGUCGCCAACCUUCGGUCGCAGGUCAAAUCACAAGUGACUGCGCUGCUCAACGACAAGGCAAACGCCAACUGGUCCGAUGCACAGCGUCGUCAGCGCGUUCAGAAAGCGGUGUUCGACCAUCUCGUUGCCCUCGUCGACCCGCUCCACGGACAGACCAAGACCGAUGAUGAGUCCGGUGCCGUCGUCGCCUCUGGCAAUGCCGGUCCGGGAGACAUCUUCAAGCCCAAAAAGGGCAAACCCAACGUCAUCAUGUUUGUCGGUCUUCAAGGCUCUGGAAAGACGACAUCGUGCACCAAGCUUGCUCUCUACUACCAGAAGCGCGGUUUCAAGACCGGUCUCGUCUGCGCCGACACCUUCCGAGCCGGUGCCUUCGAUCAGCUCAAACAGAACGCCAGCAAGAUCAACGUCCCCUUCUACGGAAGCUACACCGAAACUGAUCCCGUCGCCAUCUCCGCCGCAGGUGUCGCCAGCUUCAAACAGAACCGAUUCGAGGUCAUCAUCGUCGAUACCUCCGGUCGUCACAAGCAGGAGCAGGAGCUUUUCGAUGAGAUGCGCGAAAUCGACGCUGCCGUCACACCCGACCUGACCAUCAUGGUUCUCGACGCCAACAUCGGUCAAGCUGCCGAGGCCCAAUCCCGCGCUUUCAAGGAAGCCGCAGGGUACGGUGCCAUCAUCGUCACCAAGUUGGACGGCCACGCCAAAGGUGGUGGUGCCAUCUCCGCCGUCGCCGCUACCAAAACGCCCAUCAUGUUCAUCGGUACAGGUGAACACGCAGCCGAUCUCGAACCCUUCCGUGCCCAACCCUUCAUCUCCAAACUGCUCGGAAUGGGCGACAUCACCGGAUUGAUGGACAAGAUGGAGGAGAUGCAGAUGAACGGUGGACAGGAACGACAGCAGGAGAUGCUCAAGAAGAUCGGCGAAGGUGGUGUCUUCAGCAUUCGCGAUUGGAGGGAGCAGCUGUCCAACAUCAUGGGCAUGGGUCCGUUGAGUAAGAUCGCAGGAAUGAUUCCGGGUAUGGGACAGAUGUUGAGUGGUGCAGGGGGGGAUGACGAGGCGGCGGGUGGAAAGAUGAAGCGCAUGAUGUUCAUCACCGAUGCCAUGACUGCUGAGGAGCUCGACAGCGAUGGAAGGCUGUUCUAUGUUCCGAUCCGAUCCAAAAAGCCACCGGUUGCCGAUACCAAGGAAGUUGCUAUCGCAGAGAGCUCCACCGCAGCGGAAAAGAGCAAGAAGAAGAAGAAACCUCAACCCAAGGUUCGCAUGACCGCUCGAGCUCGUCGUGUCGCCCGUGGCUCCGGAACAUCCGUCAAGGAGGUGGAAGAAUUCCUCAUGCAGUACAGGAUGGUCGGAAAGAUGAUCAACCGUUUCGGUGGCAAGGACGGAUGGCUCAAACAGAUGCAAGGUGGGGCAGGUGGUAAGGGUAAGAUGCCAACACCGGGCAUGCUACCUCCGGGGAUGUCGCGGGAGCAGGUCAUGCAGAUGCAGAACGCCCUCCCACCCGAGAUCAAAGCCCAACUCCGUCAACCUGGCGGUCGAGAGAAGCUGAUGCAGCAGAUCCAAUCGGGUAACAUGCCAGAAGGUCUAGCCGGUCUCGCCGGAGGAGGUAUGGGUGGCUUAGGAGGUCUAGCCAAUAUGUUUGGCGGUGCUGGUGGUGGUGCUGGCGGAAUGCCCGACAUGUCGCAGCUAAUGUCGCAAAUGGGUGGCAUGGGAGGAAUGAUGAACAUGAUGAAGGGCAUGAUGGGAGGCGGCGCUCCACCACGCUAA